UACACAGCUAUAAAUAGGGAGCCUCCAGCGGCUGCUGGCUCAGCUUCUCUUCCCCAGCUGUGAUAGCACUGGAGCUUCUGGAACACCUGGACCAUGGACCCCGGCGAAUGCACCUGCAUGUCAGGAGGAAUUUGCAUCUGUGGAGACAAUUGCAAAUGCACAACUUGCAACUGUAAAACGUGUCGAAAAAGCUGCUGUCCUUGCUGCCCCCCGGGCUGUGCCAAGUGUGCCCGGGGCUGCAUCUGCAAAGGGGGCUCAGACAAGUGCAGCUGCUGCCCCUGAAAUGCAUCCGUUGUGCUGGAGGCAAGGCCUGGGAAGCAUCUGUACAGAGCAUUAGUCGAGAAGUUAGAAUUCUUGUACCAUAGGUUAUGCUUUUUAUAUAUUUGCUCAGAUGUGGUGUUGGUGACAUUCAUGUAAAGUGCUUGCAGCAAUAAAGUUUCCGCUCAUGGUUG